GAGCGCCCUAGAGCAGUGUGCACGCGAGGCGCGUUCCAGUCUGACAGCACCGCGUUCCCUUCAGGAUGAAGUCUUGUGUUGUGCUCGCGUUCCUCCUGUUCUCUCUCUUCUGUCUGAUGUACCAGGCGUCAGACGCGUGCUCGUGCGCGCCGUUUCAUCCACAGGACGCGUACUGUCACUCCGACAUCGUGAUCAGAGCUAAAAUCGUGGGGAAGAAGCUGCUGAAUGAUGAUCGGUUCGGCACUCUGCGCUACACGGUCAAACAGAUGAAGAUGUACAAGGGCUUCGAGAAGAUGCAGCACGUGCAGUACGUCUACACACACAACUUCGAGAGCAUGUGUGGAGUCAAGUUUGACAUCAACAAAUACCAGUAUCUGAUCACAGGCCGGGUCCACGACGGGAAGCUGUACACGGGGCUGUGUAACUUUAACGAGCGAUGGGAGCGUCUGUCUCUGGCGCAGAAGAAGGGCAUGAACCACCGCUAUCAGCUGGGCUGUGACUGCAGGAUCAAGCCGUGCUACUCCGUGCCCUGCUUCAUCACGUCUAAGAACGAGUGUCUGUGGACAGACAUGCUGUCUCCACACUUCAGUUACCCGGGUCAUCAGUGGCGUCACUACGCCUGCGUCCAGCAGAAAGAGGGCUACUGCAGCUGGUACAGAGGAACGAGCGCUCGCGACAAGCUCCUCAUCAACACCACAGACCCGUGAAGCGCUGGUACUGCGAGCCUUCAGCAUUAACAGAUUAAACAUGAGCUCUUUUAUAGUGAUGAUGAUGUGCUGCUUUAUAAACAUGAUACGGAUGCUUGCUGUUGUUUAUGUGCGUGUGGCAGAGUUACACGCUCCAGUAUCUAUUUAUGAGUCCAGAAACACAGAGAAAUGAUUCCUUCAUUCUUGCUGUUUAUGAUAUAAAGUAUCAGGAUCGUGAUUAGUAUUUUUGUAUUACUGUAAAGCAGAGAUUAUAAACGGUAGAUCGAUCACAUCUUUUCUGCAUCUAGACCGAUGACCACGUGCGUCUGAAAGGCAUUUUCUGACGGGAGAGUCGAUGUUUGACAGAUAUGAAUCCGAUAUGAGUCCGAUAUAAAUCCGAUAUGAGUCCGAUAUGAACCAAUAUGAAUCCGAUAUGAAUCUGAUAUUAAUCAAAUAUGAGUCAGAUAUGAAUCCGAUAUGAGUCCAAAAUGAGUCUGAUAUGAACCAAUAUGAAUCCGAUAUGAUUCAGAUAUGAAUCCGAUAUGAGUCCGAUAUAAAUCCGAUAUGAGUCCGAUAUGAACCAAUAUGAAUCCGAUAUGAAUCUGAUAUGAGUCCAAAAUGAGUCUGAUAUGAACCAAUAUGAAUCCGAUAUGAUUCAGAUAUGAAUCCGAUAUGAGUCCGAUAUAAAUCCGAUAUGAGUCCGAUAUGAACCAAUAUGAAUCCGAUAUGAAUCUGAUAUUAAUCAAAUAUGAGUCAGAUAUGAAUCCGAUAUGAGUCCGAUAUGAAUCUGAUAUGAAUCCGAUAUGAGUCCGAUAUGAAUCUGAUAUGAAUCAAAUAUGAGUCCUAUAUAAAUCCGAUAUGAGUCCAAAAUGAGUCUGAUAUGAACCAAUAUGAGUCAGAUAUGAAUCCGAUAUGAGUCCGAUAUGAAUCAAAUAUGAGUCGGAUAUGAAUCAGAUAUGAAUCCGAUAUGAGUCCGAUAUUAAUCAAAUACGAGUCCGAUAUGAAUCUGAUAUGAAUCAAAUAUGAGUCGGAUAUGAAUCAGAUAUGAAUCCGAUAUUAAUCAAAUAUGAGUCAGAUAUGAAUCCGAUAUGAGUCCGAUAUGAAUCUGAUAUGAAUCAAAUAUGAGUCGGAUAUGAAUCCGAUAUGAAACCGAUAUGAGUCUGAUAUGAGUCCGAUAUGAAUCUGAUAUGAAUCAAAUAUGAGUCGGAUAUGAAUCAGAUAUGAAUCCGAUAUGAAUCUGAUAUGAAUCAAAUAUGAGUCGGAUAUGAAUCCGAUAUGAGUCCGAUAUGAAACCGAUAUGAAUCAAAUAUGAAUCCGAUAUGAAUCUGAUAUUAAUCAAAUAUGAGUCGGAUAUGAAUCCGAUAUGAGUCCGAUAUGAAACCGAUAUGAAUCAAAUAUGAAUCCGAUAUGAAUCUGAUAUUAAUCAAAUAUGAGUCGGAUAUGAAUCCGAUAUGAGUCCGAUAUGAAUCUGAUAUGAAUCAAAUAUGAGUCGGAUAUGAAUCAGAUAUUAAUCCGAUAUGAGUCCGAUAUGAAACCGAUAUGAAUCAAAUAUGAAUCCGAUAUGAAUCUGAUAUUAAUCAAAUAUGAGUCAGAUAUGAAUCCGAUAUGAGUCCGAUAUAAAACCGAUAAGAAUCAAAUAUGAAUCCGAUAUGAAUCUGAUAUGAAUUCGAUAUGAAACCGAUAUGAGUCCGAUAUGAAUCAAAUAUGAAUCAGAUAUGAAUCAGAUAUGAAUAGGGCGCUUCAUUCCUGCGUCGCUGCUGCUUUAGUCUCAGCCUCGGACGCAUGUUUUUAGAUCAUGUUAAUAUUCUGUCUGUAACACAAACAUCUGACUCUCACUGAACGCUCGUGUGUGUGUGUGUGUGUGUGUGAGAGAAAGAGAGAGAGAGAGAGACUGAUGACCAUUUCCAAUCUAUUCGAUUUUUAAUUUCUCUGUUUUAUAUUUUUAUAAUAAACGUUGUGAAAAUGGC